AUGAAGGCUUCUCUCUCCCUCGCCGCCCUGACGGCGCUCGCUGCCACCGCCGAGGCUCAGAACUGGUUGGGCUUCAACUCGGGAGCCACCAAGACCGACCGCUCCGCCAAGUUCAAGGCCGACUUCGAAGCCGAGUUCAAGACGGCCCAGAACCUUGAGGGCGCCCCCGGCGACUUCAACGCCGUCCGCCUCUACACCAACAUCCAGGCCUACUCCACCGACGACCCCAUCGAGGCCUUCGAGGCCGCCAUCGAGACCAAGACGUACAUCCUGCUCGGCGUCUGGACCUCGGGCACCGACAACAUCGACAAGGAGAUCAACGCCCUGAAGAAGGCCGUCACCAAGUACGGAACCAAGCUGACGGACCUCAUCAUCGGCGCCUCCAUCGGCUCCGAGGACCUGUACCGCAACUCGGUCACGGGCGUCAAGAACAAGUCGGGCGUCGGUGCGGACCCCAAGACCCUUGUCGGCUUCAUCGACGACUUCAAGUCGGCCUUCAAGGACACCCCUCUGUCCAAGGUCUCCAUCGGCCACGUCGACACCUGGGACGUCUGGGGAAACACCACCAACAAGCCCGUCCUCGACGCCAUUGACUGGGUCGGUGUCGAUGAGUACCCCUACUACGAGAACGACAAGGGCAACGACAUCAAGAACGCCGGCAAGCUCUUCGACAAGGCCUACGAGGCCACCAUCGCCACGGCCGGCGGCAAGCCCGUCUGGGUCACGGAGACUGGCUGGCCCGUCACCGGCGAGACGUGGGACGAGGCCGUCCCCAGCAAGGAGAACGCCAAGAAGUACUGGGACGAGAUCGGCUGCCGUCAGCUCUUCAACAAGGUGCCCACCUUCUGGUACAACCUCCGCGACUCCAACCCCGACAACUCGAUGAAGUUCGCCAUUACCAAGGACCUGUCCACCACCCCCCUGUUCAACCUCACCUGCCCCACCACCUUUGACACUCCCACCGGCACCUCGUCGUCCUCGGCCACCGGCACCGCGACCGCUAAGCCCAGCGCCAGCUCCGGCUCCAACAGCACCGGCGGUUCCGGUUCCGGCUCCGGCUCUGGCUCCAGCAGCGGCUCUGGCAGCGGUGCUAACGCCACCGUCUCCACUGGCGCUCCCUCUGCCACCUCCGGCUCUGGCUCUUCCUCUGGCUCCGGUGCCGAGGCCAGCAGCACGCCCUCCAGCGUUGCCUCUGGUGCCUCCAACCUCCAGUUCUUCACGACGGGCGCCCUGGCCGUUGUUGCCGGCGCCUUCGCUCUCCUCUACUAA